AUGCCAAUUAAAAAAAAGCAGCAAUGUGUUGUAAUCUUGGACGAGUCAGCCGAGUUUGAAUGUACGCAUACAUUUCCGAAAGAAUUAACUUGUGUAGCCAUUUUCAAAGAAGCUUCUCACUCAACUCCACAAUUCAUCCUCAUUGGUGUCAGACAUCGGCGUUGGCACAGUGGGCAGGUACUUUUUGCGUCACAAUCUUCGCCGUUUUUUGCUCAACCCAAACCCUAAUUUUGAGAGAAUAAUGUGGCCUGCUGCUGUUACUUCUACCCCUAACCCUUCCUUCUUCCUAUUCCUUCCCUCUAACAACAAACCCUCUCUUUUUCAUCCCACUCCACGCCGCCUCCACCUCUCCCGCUCUUCUCCUGAUUUCAACGGUUGGGCCCUCCUCGAGACACCCGCCCGCCCUGCAUCUUCCAACAAAGGUUUAUCAUGUUCCGCCGUAGUAACUGUUGGAACUUCCCUCGCUCUCAUGCUUGCUUGUUUCUCCUUAUCCAGAAAAGGUUUCAAUAUUCAAUUCACAAGCCCGUGGCAAGGAAUGUGGAGUACAGUUGCUAAUACUCGUCGUGAUCCAGACGAAGCUGUGGAGCUUUACGAAUCCAACGAGACCACCAUAGAAGUUGUUACGGAAACUGGAGCUACUGAAAAGCCAGGGCGAGUUGCAAUACCUGUUUCAGUGGAUUCCACCCAAGAAGAAGCAUUGUCAGUCUUAAAGAAGUUGAAGAUAAUUGAAGAUGAUGUGGAAGCUAAUGAAUUGUGUACCAGAAGAGAAUUUGCUCGAUGGCUUGUUAAAUUAAAUUCGUCUCUGGAAAGAGAUCCAAAACACAGGAUUGCUCCAAUUGUAUCUCUGUCUGGCUCUAUAGUUACUGCAUUUGAUGAUAUCAAUGUUGAUGAUCCAGAUUUUCAAUCAAUUCAAGUCUUAGCAGAAGCCGGUAUGGUCCACAGCAAAUUAUCUUGGAAGAAUAGUUCUAAUGGUUGUGGAUCUGACUGGAAAGAGGAUAUACAUUUUUUUCCUGAUAGAUUCAUUUCACGACAAGAUCUAAUGGAAUGGAGAACUCAGGUUGAGUAUGGAUUUUUCUCUGGGAUAAUUGACCAGAUAUCAAUUGAAAAAGCAGGUUAUAUGGAUGUGAAAGAGAUAACUUCUGCAGGAGUUUAUUUGGACAUGUUGGCCGGAGAUAGUAGUAUACUUAGAAAAGUUUUUGGACAGAGUAAGCGCUUUCAGCCAAGCAAACCUUCAACAAAUGCACAAGCAGCUGUGGCUCUGACAAGUGGCAGAAUGAACGAAGUAAUAUCUGCAGAAAUGUCAAGGUUAGAAGCUGAGGGUUCUGCCAGGCAAGAUGUGGCAAAAGAGAUCAGAUCUGAGCUGCUUAGCCGAGGAGACAUACAGAAGUUUUGGGAUGCAAAGCUUAGCGAAGAGAAAAAUCACGGUUCUGGUAUAGAGAGGCUUUACCUUGAGGCAGUCAACAAUUUGGUGGAAGAGAAGUUCAAUCAAGAAAAGAUAAAUGCUGAAUUUUUAAAAGAACAGGCAGAGAUGGAUUGUCAGAAGCAAAUGAUGCUUAGUUUGAAAAAAGAAGUUGAUGAGAUAUCAGAUAAGCUCGCCUUGGAGCGAGUCAUAUAUGUAGUUGAAAAGAAAACUGUACAGAAGUUACUCAGAGAUUUAGAGUUAAAGCAUGAAGAAAUUCUUGACACCAAAUCCACACUGGAAGCUGAGAAAGAAGCUCUUCAGAUGCUUAGAACUUGGGUGGAGGAUGAAGCUAGAAGAAGCCAAGCUCGUGCUGCUGUUCUUUCAGAGGUAGGACGUAGAUGGAAAUGGGAUGACCAAGCUUGAACGUAAUGGGAUGACCAAGCUUGAAUGUAGUCAGUCACAUCCUAUAAAUGUAAAUUGUUAUAUUAUUAUUUACCAUACAAGUAUAAAAUCUUUCGGCUAUCAUGCUGUUUGGUAUGGUCUUUCUAUGAGAAAGGUAAACGGAAUGAGGCUCAUGGUAGCCUCAACCUUCGUUUUUGUAUACAUCCUAGUAAUAGAAUCGUGGAAAACACACGGCGAUUUUUGAA